AUGACCGAUGAGGAGCUUCCACCUAGUAAGCUGGGUACGAAAGAUUAUUGGGAUGCACAGUAUGAACGAGAGGUGACUGUCUUCGAGGAUAUCGGGGAUGAAGGAGAAGUUUGGUUUGGAGAAUCGAGUGUCAAGAAAAUGCGUAAAUGGGCACACGACCAUCUACCUCCUUCCUCUUCUCCCAUCAGAAUCCUCGAAUGUGGAAGUGGCAACGGUACCCUUCUUCUCUCUUUCCUAACCUCACCCAUAGGCUCCAUUCCACAGAAAUAUCAUCUGACAGGUAUCGACUACUCUCCCACUGCUAUCCUCCUCUCACAGAAAGUCGAACAUGCUCGGAGGGAGAUGGAGAUCGAUGAGGAUGAAGAAAUUUCGAAUAUCUGUGAGGUGGAAUGGAGAGUCGGGGAUCUUCUCAGGGAUAAUAUGAAAGAACAAUGGGAUUUAGUACUUGAUAAAGGCACUUUUGAUGCCUUAUGUCUUUCUUCUGAUCCUGUGGAAGAAGAUAAGUUAAAAAGAUUACCAAGUCAGGUAUAUCCUGAGAGAAUCGCCAGGUUGGUCAAAGAAGGAGGGUUUUUUCUCAUCACGAGUUGUAAUUUCACAGAAGAAGAGAUCAGGCGGAAAUACGAAAGACCUGAACUAGGUAGUUCAAGCGUUCCUCAUAAAUCAUUCACCUUUGGUGGGAAAUCCGGUACUAUCGUGUGCACCGUCGCGUUUCAAAAGGUCUCCUCAACCCAUGUUGCUAUAGCUAGCACAUCCGGAGGUAUAGUUUCCCGUGCCGUAGGAGGUACGGGGAAUAUGGCAGAGGUCAGUCAUCAUUACUUCUCCCAAAUCUGA